ACUUCCGUAAACAGAAGCUGUUAAACGGAAACUUUUUUUUACGUUUCUUUAUUAAAUUUAAAGUUUUUGUGUCGGUGAUUUAAUCUGAGCUCGGGGUCGCUGGGCAGACAUGCUGGUUGGACAGAGAAGGAAAACUCAGUGUCGGGAAUUUACCGGCCCUACACCUCACUCAGUAGCAGUGCGAGCCAGACAGCCAUCAUGCAGACCCUCAGAUUACCUUAUCAUAGAACGAAGGAAACAGGAGGCUGCUCGCAGCAGUGUGCUGGAGUUUACCAAAGAGCAAAGUGCCUGGGAUCUGAGAACGCGCUGGGAGAAGAACACCGAGCAGAGGAUGGUAUCGGCCACUAUAGAGCGGCGCGUCCAUGAGGCAAUGGAACAGUACGAGAUGAGCAUCGAUGAACGGAGAGAAAGGCUGCGUAAAAUGCUGGAAUCUGAGGAGAGAGAAUUGUUGCGAGAGAUGGAGGCAAAGAAAGACACUGUGCUUGAAAGCCAAGCCAGGAUGCGCGAGAGAGCAAAGUAUCUGCAGGAGAAAAGAGAGAGUGAGAGACAGAAGGUGGUUGCUGAGAAGCUUGAUCAACUCUUCAGACAGCAGAGUGAUGAGCUGCGGGCUAUGCACACACGCCGGCAACAGGAAGAGGUCUGCACGGAGCGUGCAGCACAGAUCCAAACACGUCUGGAAGAGCAUCGACUGCAGCAGGAGGAAGAUAAGCUGUUUGCACAGCUGUGGGAAGGAGAUCGUCUAGCUAAAGAGCAGCGAGAGAACCUGCAGGCGCAGCGUCAGAAAGAGAAUAACUUGCAGCAGCUGGCUUUCCUGCGCAUCCAGAUUGAAGCUGCAGAGCAACAGAGGCUGCAGGCCAAACAGCUCCAAGAUGAAGAAGCCCAGUUACUGCGAGAUCAGAGGGAGAUGAUGCGUCUGGAAGAGCAGCGGGAGCACAGACGGAAACUCCAGAAUCAGGAGAGCCGGCGCAGGCAGCUAGACACCUCGCUGCGUCUGAAAAUGAAGCGUCUGGCGCAGGAACAGCAGGAGGAGCUGGCGUUGGACAUGAGCAUCCUGGAGCACCUGCUUACACAGGCGAAGGACGAUAAAAAAGAAGAGGCUCUGAGGAAGUUGGAACUGCGUGAUGAGCAGCAAAGGUAUCGGCAGUACCUGGCGGAGCAGCUGGAGGAACAGAGACGGCACGAGGCAGAGACGGAGCAGCUGAUCGAGGCUGAGCUGCAGCAGACGUGGAAGCGCAGGGCGGAGCAAAACCGUCUGGUGAAAGAAGCCAGAGACCGGCUCAUGAAAGAUGUCCUGGACACACAACGCUUUCAAAUUCAGGAAAAGUUGGAGAGGAAUGCUCAGAAACAGGCUGAACUGGCUAAGGAGAGAGACGAGCUGAAUAGAACCAUCCAGGAGAACAAGCUGCUGGAUGAACAGGAAAAAACACGUCUCAGGGAGGCAUGUCAGGAAUAUCAAGCUGGUCUGUUGGCUCAGAUUUUGCACAAGCAGCAGCUGUGUGAUGUCGAGCAAGCUGAAAACGACCGGGAGGUCCAAAGGAGUCGAAUGUACCAGGAGAAAUACAAUCAGAAGGUGCAGGAGAUCCUGUCCAGGCCGACAUCACACACCACAGCAGUUCACCCUUUUAGAAGAAGAAGAAGAGAUCAACCAACAACUAACUAAACCUGCUCAAAUCAAUAGCUAUAAGCUGUGAUUAGCUCUCACAGUGAAAAAGUCUCAGUGAGCUCCUGUACCUUUAAUAGGUUUUAUAGUUUCAUAGGCUGAUAUACAAUAUCUUUGAAUUGUGAUCAAGAUGUGCAAAACAAAAUAAAAAAAAUAAAAUAAACGUCUUUCCUCUGAGGCGCUACUUUUGGUCCUGAUUAAAUCAACUUUAUUUCUGAAAUGCACCUUAGAUUGUUUCUGUGACUAUAUUUCCAAAAGGUGUGUGACUUGACUGACUAGUUUUUAAUGAAGUUAAUUAUUUCAAUGUUAAGGGUUUGAACAAUCUUGAAUCAUUAUUCAAAGCAAAUAAAGGUCAUCC